CCCGCCCAUCGGCCCCGCCCCAGACCCUCUCCAAUCCAGGCCCCGCCCCCUCGGGCCCCCGCCCACACCGCCCCCUCCCUCCCCGCGGCGCAUUGUGGGAUCCGGCGGCCGGCUGCGCGGCGGGCUCAGCGGUUCUCGUCAUGGGGCUGCAGCCGAGCCCGGUCCUGCUGGCCUCCCUGGGCGUGGGGCUGCUGACGCUGCUCGGCGUGGCUCUGGGCGCCUACCUGGUGCGGAGGUCCCGCCGGCCGCCGGUCACGCUCCUGGACCCCAAUGAGAAGUACCAGCUGCGACUGCUAGACAAGACGACCGUGAACCACAACACCAAGAGGUUCCGCUUUGCCCUGCCGACGGCUCACCACGUUCUGGGGCUGCCUGUGGGCAAACAUGUCUACCUCUCUGCCCGGAUCGAUGGCAGCCUGGUCAUCAGGCCAUACACUCCCGUCACCAGCGAUGAGGACCAGGGCUACGUGGAUCUUGUCAUCAAGGUCUAUCUGAAGGGUGUGCACCCCAAAUUUCCUGAGGGAGGGAAGAUGUCUCAGUACCUGGAUAGCCUGAAGAUUGGGGACGUGGUGGAGUUUCGGGGGCCAAGCGGGCUGCUUACUUAUGCCGGAAAAGGGAAGUUUAACAUCCAGCCCAACAAAAAGGCUCCACCAGAAGCGCGCGUGGCCAGGAACCUGGGAAUGAUUGCCGGAGGCACAGGAAUCACUCCAAUGCUGCAGCUGAUCCGGGCCAUCCUGAAAGACCCAGAAGAUCCCACCCAGUGCUUUCUGCUGUUUGCCAACCAGACUGAAAAGGACAUCAUCUUACGAGAGGACUUGGAGGAGCUGCAGGCCCGACACCCCAGCCGCUUUAAGCUCUGGUUCACCCUGGAUCACCCCCCAGAAGGUUGGGCCUACAGCAAGGGCUUCGUCUCUGCGGACGUGAUCCGGGAGCACCUGCCCGCUCCCGGGGAAGACGUGCUGCUGCUGCUCUGCGGGCCGCCCCCGAUGGUACAGCUGGCCUGCCACCCCAGCCUGGACAAACUGGGCUACUCGCCAAAGAUGCGCUUCACCUACUGAGCCUCCCCGCACUCCCCUGGCCCUGUGGCUGCCCUCGGCCCCCAGUCAGCACCCAAAGGCCAUAAGCCCUAGGCGCCCUUCCCGACAGUAUCAGCCUAUUUGCCUUACUCAGAGCUCAGGUCUGGAUGGUCCCUGCAGGAACAACAUCCUCAUAGCCAUGGAAGAGGGCCAAGGUGGAGUCUUCCCCUGGAAGGCCCCCAGUCUCCCUGUGAUGACAUGCAGGUCAGGCUCCUGGAGCAGAUUCUCCCAUGAGUCAGAGAAAAGGAAGCUUGCACACUUGUUCCAAGACUGGCUAGUUCCUUGAUUGCAUCACAGUCUUCUUUGUGUCUGUGGUGAAAGAACCCUGUUUAAUGGGUUUCAUUUAAUAUUUGGUGCUUAACCCAUAGCAGACUGUGUAUGGGGUGGGGGUACAGACUUACAAACCUUAUCUUUAGAGACAAGGGAGUGGAGGAAAUGGUCUCCUCAGCCUCAGAGAAAGGAAUCUGAACUGCGUUUGGUGUCCGUCUUGCUCUGGACCUGCCGAGGCUGGAGGGAGGGGGCUGCCCCUGGUCUGAGACUGCUACUGCUGCAGAAACCUCUGGGUUAUGCCAAUAAACGGGGCUCAAGCCCUGGGUUUCAUCUAA